GAUUAGUCGUUAAUAUAAAUAGAGAUUAAAAGGUCGAUCGAGAUCAGUUCAGUUCUUCAAUGAACACAUUCAACAUGGAAUGGUUAUUUCUCUUGCUUCUGGUCACAGUGGCCAGUACUGCUAAUUCAUUAUUGGAUCACGAGUAUUCUAGAACUCGUCUAGGAGAUAACAUCGAUAAAGCAUCUGUUAAACUUUUGAAGGAAGCCUACCUAUCAUCAGAUGGUAAUGUGGUAACUUCACCCCUGGGUGUGUUAUUUCUCUUAUCAUUAUACUCUUCCGGCACCCAGGGUAAAACGAGGGAUGAAAUUACAGAACUGCUUGGCGCAACCGACUACAAAGAGAUGUUCGAUAGCUACAGCGGUCUAAGCAAUGAGUACGCUUCAAUGAACUCCAGCUUGUCAUUGGCCAACAAGAUCUACGUAGCCUCGGGGUACGACCUGAAUGAGGAAUUUCUAAACACAGCGCGCGCCUACAACACAGAGGUGGACUCCGUCGACUUCCACGAUGUAGAAAAUGCAGCACAUGAAAUCAACCAAUGGGCGAAUAAAAAACUAAGGGGCCUCAUCAAGGACCCCGUGAAGAAAACAUCUUUGGACAAAGACGCGUUGGUAGCACUUUUCAACGUUAUAUAUUUCAAGGGCCAUUGGCACGUUCCCUUCAAAGUCGAAUCGACCGAAAUAAAGAACUUUCACGUCAACAAAUCGUACACUAUUAAGAAACCGAUGAUGCACCUAAGUAAAUCCCUCUUCUUCCACGCGGACGACCAGCUCGGAGCUAAAAUGAUAGAGUUGCCGUACCAGGAACCCGGUUUUCGUAUGGUGGUGAUAUUACCAAAUGAAAUAGAUGGCCUCUCAAAUGUCCUGGAAAAGGUGGCACAAAAGGGACUAUUGGAGGAUGUGUUCGCUUUGAGUCCCGCGAGAAGGGAGGUCAAUUUGUAUUUACCCAAAUUCGAUAUCAAAAGUAGUCUGGAUUUUACUCAAAUAUUACCAAAGUUGGGAGUAAAAGGAAUAUUUACCGGAGGCAGCAGUGGCAUAGUUAAGGAUGCGAAUGUUGCCAUAUCAAAAAUAUUCCAAGAAGCAGUAGUGAAUGUGGACGAGGAAGGUGCUAAAGCUGGUGCAUUCACUGGGGCUGUAAUUGUUCCAUUGUCUACGAGGUACAGACGACCUCCUCCGAUGGAGUUUGUUGUGGACCAUCCAUUCCUUUUUACCAUUUUACAUGAAGAUGUGAUUGUGUUUCUUGGCACAUAUACUCAUUGAAUUCAAAAUUUCUUUUUAUUAAGUUAUAUUUUUGUUGUGUAAUAAAUAUUUUAUAAAAUAA